UUGGAAGUCUUAUUGCGUGCUGACGCUGUUGAACUUGCACAGCCAGGAGAUCGUUGCGAAUUUAUCGGAACUCUUAUUGUUGUCCCGGAUGUUGGCCAGUUAGCAACCCCUGGUACAAGGGAGCUUGAGCGCAAAGGGACACGAACGGUUGACGGUCAAGAGUCUGGAAUUUCAGGCUUGAAGGCCCUGGGAGUUCGUGAACUGACUUACAGGAUGGCUUUCUUUGCAUGCACAGUGAUCCCCGCAAACGGUCGUUACCUUCCCUCGGAUGAUCUCGAAACAGCCGAUGGCAUUUCGUACGAGGCCAUGUCUCGCCGUCUCAGUCCUGCUGAAUUGGACAAAAUUUGCCAAAUGAGUCAGGACAAACAUCUCUUUAACAAUUUGUGUGGUUCUCUAUUCCCUACUAUCCAUGGUAGCGAGGAAGUCAAGAAAGGGAUACUUCUAAUGCUUUUUGGAGGUGUUCCGAAGGUAUUCUAUCCUGACUUGUACUAA